GAGCAGCGGCAGCUCCAUGUGCGUCCCGGGCCUGAUCACGAGAAUGUUGGCUGGCUUGGAACCGCCUGAACGCUCUGGCCGCCCAAACGCACAGACACACGGAGCCAAACUCAAAAGACCUGAUCGCCCUUCCUUCCCUUCUCUCCUUCACUCUGUGCGAAAGAGAUAAACGAUGUCUUUCCAUUCCGGGCGAGGGUGUCCCCGGGGCCGAGGCGGAACUGCAGUAAGAACUUCGACACCAACUUUUCGCCCCCAGAAUUUUACACAGCUCCAUCCUCAGCAGCCUUCAGUGCAGUAUCCAUAUGACCAGCAAACUGUGACCCCAACUACUUAUGUGAACCCUCCCGCUGCAAGCUACAUGCCUUCUAGGCCAGAGUUUGUUCCGUAUCCGCCACCGAUCCCCCCGUCACCACAGAGUACCAUCACCCAGUGUCCCCUGCGGCCACCUUUUGCAGGUCACCAAGUGAGGCAGACGUUUCCACUUCCUCCUUGCUUUCCUCCAGCUCCACCCCCUGUCCCAAAUCCUGGUAACCCCUCCAUCUCAACAAACACGACUGGGCAAAACACAUUUCCUUAUAUGAUGCCACCUCCAUCCAUAUCGCAUCCUAUUCCACCUCCAGUAAUGCCUCAACAAAUUAAUUAUCAGCCCAUAUACUCCUCAUCGUAUCCCCAGCAGACCUUUCCCCCUCCUAAUUUUAAUAGUUACCAACACAACACAAACUCUUACCAGAGCAACAGCAGCAGCAAUGCUAACAGCAGUAGUAACAGCAGCAGUAAUUUCCGACACACCAGUCAGUAUCCGAUAGAGAAAUCCCAGACUGAACGGAGAUCUCCAGAGAGAAGUAAGCACUACGAUGAGCAUCGUCAUCGGGACCACGGGCACGGGGAUCGACAUCGGUCCACCAGUCAUGGCGAUCGGCGGGAUCGAGGGAGGAGCCCAGAUAGGAGACGGCAAGAAAGUAGUCGGCAUAGGUCAGAUUAUGUCAGAGGACGGACACCGCCCCGUCACAGAAGUUAUGAAUGGUACAGGGAACGACAACGGGAAAGACACAGACACCGUGACAGCCGCCGAUCGCCAUCUACAGAGAGGUCCUGUAGAAAGGAUCACAAGAGAACAGGAAGUCAGUCUCCUGGUCAAGACCGAAAGAGGACUCGCUGGGAAGAUGACAGGGAGCGGUGGCCGGAAAAUACCAGCAGAGAGAAGAGCUACACCUCCAUUAAGGACAAAGAGCCAGACGAGGCUGUCGUUGAAAAACAUGAGGAGGAGGAGGAGGAGGACCAGCUGAAGCCUGUGUGGGUUCGUUGCACCCAUUCGGAAAGCUACUAUUCAAAUGACCCCAUGGAUCAAGUGGGCGAUUCCACUGUAGUUGGAACGAGCCGGCUCAGAGAUUUAUAUGAAAAAUUUGAAGAAGAGCUGGGAAAGCGUCAAGCAAAAGCCAAAGCAGCCAGGCCGCCAUGGGAGCCACCCAAGACCAAACUGGACGAAGAUGUAGGAAGCUUUUGGUGCAGCCCUCCAGAUACCGUAUCAGGUUUGAAUGCAGGGAGCUCCAGCGACUCUGACUGCGAGUCGGAUGAUGACAGCUGCUCUAGCAGCUCAGAUUCGGAGGUUUUUGACGUCAUCGCUGAAAUUAAACGGAAGAAGGCUCACCCGGAUCGGCUGCAUGAGGAGCUGUGGUACAAUGACCCCGGGCAGAUGAAUGAUGGACCUCUGUGCAAAUGCAGUGCUAAAGCCAGACGAACGGGAAUAAGGCAUGGAAUCUAUCCUGGGGAAGAGCCCAUUAAACCCUGUCGACCCAUGACCAACAAUGCUGGAAGGCUGUUCCACUACCGCAUUACCGUGUCACCUCCUACAAACUUUUUAACCGACAGACCAACUGUAAUAGAGUACGAUGAUCACGAGUACAUCUUUGAAGGAUUUUCCAUGUUUGCGCAUGCUCCGCUCACUAAUAUUCCUCUGUGUAAAGUAAUCAGAUUUAACAUCGAUUAUACAAUUCAUUUCAUUGAGGAGAUGAUGCCUGAAAAUUUUUGUGUGAGAGGCUUGGAAUUGUUCUCUUCAUAUCUGUUUAAAGAUAUUCUGGAACUCUACGACUGGAAUCUUAUAGGCCCUUCAUUCGAAAAUGACAAUACUUCCUGUCCCCGAUUUCAUUUCAUGCCCCGUUUUGUAAGGUUUCUUCCAGAUGGAGGGAAGGAAGUGCUGUCUAUGCACCAGAUUCUGCUGUAUUUGCUGCGCUGCAAUAAACCAUUGGUGCCGGAAGAGGAGAUUGCCAAUAUGUUGCAGUGGGAGGAGCUCGAAUGGCAGAAAUAUGCAGAGGAAUGCAAAGGGAUGAUCGUUACCAGCCCUGGCAUGAAACCCAGCUCAGUUCGUAUUGAUCAACUGGAUCGUGAGCAGUUCAACCCUGAUGUGAUUACCUUCCCCAUUAUUGUCCACUUUGGGAUACGACCGGCUCAACUCAGCUAUGCUGGAGACCCACAAUACCAAAAACUCUGGAAAAGUUAUGUGAAAUUGCGCCACCUGCUGGCUAACAGUCCCAAAGUGAAGCAGGCAGAUAAGCAGAAACUGGUGCAAAGAGAAGAAGCAUUGCAGAAGAUUAGGCAGAAAAACACCAUGAGGCGUGAAGUGACUGUUGAGCUAAGUAGCCAAGGAUUCUGGAAAACUGGCAUUCGCUCUGAUGUCUGUCAGCAUGCCAUGAUGCUGCCUGUCCUGACUCACCACAUCCGCUACCACCAGUGUCUGAUGCAUUUGGAUAAACUGAUAGGCUAUACUUUUAAAGACCGCUGUUUAUUGCAGCUUGCCAUGACUCAUCCAAGCCAUCACUUAAACUUUGGGAUGAAUCCAGACCAUGCCAGAAAUUCCUUGUCAAAUUGUGGGAUCCGGCAACCCAAAUACGGAGAUAGGAAAGUCCACCAUAUGCAUAUGAGGAAAAAAGGCAUAAACACCUUGAUCAAUAUCAUGUCACGUCUUGGACAAGAUGAUCCAACUCCUUCCAGGAUCAACCACAAUGAACGCUUAGAAUUUUUGGGAGAUGCUGUGGUUGAAUUUUUAACUAGUGUUCAUUUAUACUACCUGUUUCCAAGCCUAGAGGAAGGAGGGUUAGCCACGUACCGCACCGCCAUUGUUCAGAACCAACAUCUUGCCAUGCUGGCUAAGAAGCUGGAGCUGGAUCGAUUUAUGCUUUAUGCUCAUGGGCCUGAUCUUUGCCGAGAAUCAGAUCUGCGCCAUGCAAUGGCCAACUGCUUUGAAGCAUUGAUAGGGGCAGUUUACUUGGAGGGAAGUCUUGAAGAAGCCAAACAACUCUUUGGACGCCUGCUCUUUAAUGACAAGGACCUGCGGGAAGUAUGGCUUAAUUAUCCGCUACACCCUCUCCAACUGCAAGAGUCCAAUACUGACCGACAGUUGAUUGAGACGUCUCCUGUCCUCCAGAAAUUGACUGACUUCGAGGAAGCAAUUGGAGUCAUUUUUACUCACGUUCGACUUCUGGCCCGGGCUUUCACUUUGAGAACAGUAGGAUUUAACCAUCUGACUCUGGGCCAUAAUCAGAGGAUGGAAUUCUUGGGUGAUUCCAUAAUGCAGCUGGUCGCCACAGAGUACUUAUUCAUACACUUCCCAGAUCAUCAUGAAGGCCACCUAACGCUGCUGCGAAGCUCUCUAGUCAACAACAGGACGCAGGCCAAAGUGGCAGAAGAACUGGGCAUGCAGGAGUUUGCCAUUACAAACGACAAGACCAAGCGGCCUGUGGCCUUGCGAACAAAGACGCUAGCAGAUCUUUUGGAAUCCUUUAUUGCUGCUCUGUACAUAGAUAAGGAUUUAGAAUAUGUCCACACCUUCAUGAACGUCUGCUUUUUCCCACGACUGAAGGAAUUCAUUUUAAACCAGGACUGGAAUGAUCCAAAAUCCCAGCUCCAGCAAUGCUGUUUAACUCUUAGAACAGAAGGAAAGGAGCCAGACAUCCCUCUGUAUAAGACUCUGCAAACAGUUGGACCUUCUCAUGCCAGGACAUACACAGUAGCUGUUUAUUUCAAAGGCGAAAGAAUAGGAUGUGGUAAAGGGCCAAGCAUUCAACAAGCAGAGAUGUGUGCAGCAAUGGAUGCCUUGGAAAAAUAUAACUUUCCUCAGAUGGCCCAUCAGAAACGAUUCAUUGAACGGAAGUACAGACAAGAGCUUAAAGAAAUGAGGUGGGAAAGAGAACAUCAGGAAAGAGAGCUGGAGGAGGCGGAAGACACCAGGAAAUAAGUGAUAGCCAUGGAAGCAAACGGUGGAUUUGCUUAUUUAAUAACUUUGACGGUGGCCGAGCCUAGUUUCAUGUAAAUGAGUGAAUGAAUUCUGCUCAUUGAGUCAUGUUUAAUGCUUAAUUGUAGCUUUUUUCAAGAAUGUGUUUUAUUCCGUUUUUAGCUAGUAAAGUUUUAUUCGUAAGGCUUAACAAAAUAAUUUCUUUUAAUAUUCUUCCUGAAGAAUUGUGCUUUUGUUUUCUACCUUCAGUUUGUGGAAUAAUAAAGCGUUUUAUUUCAGAAUAUGUAACAGUCUCAAAAAAGAAAA